AUGCGCAUCGGCCUCGUUCUUCCUCAGAAGAAGAAACGGAUCCUGGAACACCUUCAGCAGAGCUUUGCGGCAAGGGGGAUCCGAGUGAACUUCGAGGACCUCGAGAUGGAUGGAGCGGCGCCAGGGAGAUGGGACGGAGCCGUACUCCUCAGCCAUUCGCAGCAUCUGUUUGCUUGCGAGGAAGAAUCCGUGGAGAAGCAGAGGCUGGUGGAUCAGAUGCAGAGGUGGGAGGAGCGCAACAAAGGCGUCCCCGUCCUCGAUCCGAUGAGGCUGCAGAGAUUCAUGAGCUCCAGGCCCAGGGUUGUUUCAAGGAUGCAGGAGACGAUCAGAGCUCAGGGGAUGGACUUCCUGCGUUGCUGUCCUAAACUAGAUCCUUGUCAUGCUGUUCAAGGAAGUCUGGAGGACACGGGAGAGGGAGAGGGACAGAGGGAGAGGCAGGACAAGGGAAGAAGGGAAGGACAGGAUGAGGUGGAACUGAAAGCGAAGGAGGAAGAAGUUGGAGACUUCCACUGGUCAAUCAGAAUGCCAAAGAGUUUCGUGCUGGAGAAUGGAGCUGACGUCGAGUUUGCUUUCAAGAACCAUUCGAUGAAUCUUCCGGUUGUGAUCAAACCUGUGUACGAUGAUGGGCGAGCUUCCUCCCACGACUUGUUCAUUGCCUGGGAACUUGAGGAGAUCAGGAAAAGAUUGCACAAAAUUGUGCCAUGUCUAGUGCAGGAGUUUGUGCCCCACAACAAGAUGAUCUAUAAGAUCUAUUGCGUUGGAUCGCAGCUAUGUGUCAUUCACAGGAAACUGCAGCAAGAGAACUCUGAGGACUACAGGAAGACCAUCUCCGACGCGACCAAGUUGCCGGCCUCUGCCCUCACGGCGAUUCGGGAUCUGAUAUGCCAGGCGAUCGCCAUGGAGUUCAACCACGACCCGCCUGGCCCCCCUCGGCUGUUCGGCGUCGACGUCGUUCGCAGACGAGACACGAAUGAGUUCUACAUCGUUGACCUCAACUACUUUCCGGGCUUUCACGGCAUGAACAACUUCCCUGAGGCACUGCGGGACGUCAUUAUGGAGUGCGUCAGGUUCACCAUGGGGGCAAGGAGCGAGUGCGAGCUGAAGUUGGACGAGCAGGUCUGA